AUGACAAUACAUCUGCAAGAAGUGGUGAGAUCGGAAGUGGAAGGUGGUUUAGCGGGACCAGCCAAUCCGAUACCGAGUCAAUCGAUCGAUUGCGGUUGCGGACAAUUGCCAUGUCCAAAAUUAGCAAAAUAUGCGACUCGAGGAGUCUUCGUUGGGUUGAUAUCAUGGGUCGGUUUAGUACAAGCUAUUGCGUACGCUUAUCUUCACGUGAUUGGCCCUACAAUCGCAAGGAGGUUCCAAUUUGACCCUUAUGUCAUGGAAUGGGUGCUCCUAAUAUCAGAUUUAACCCCAUUUUUCCUCGGAGUGACCAUAGCCUACUGGGGCGAUAGAAUCCACAGAGCAGGAUGGAUCGGUGGCAUAGUACUCUUGCAAAGCAUUUCAUAUUUUGCUUUAAUAAUUCCUCACUUAACGCAUCGGACAAGGGUUAUCGAAGAUACUGCAAAUGCCACGCAUAUGGCGCUUUAUGCAGAUGUAAAUCGAGAGCUAUGUUCAGAAACUUCAUCUAGUAUUAUUUCCGAAGAAGACUCACCAUGUUAUUUCACCUUCGCUAUACUCAUUGUUGUACAGAUUGUCAGUGGAAUCGCAAAUAUUUCAUACUUUGCAUUAGGUCUGUCUUAUUUGGACGACAACACGAAAAAGAAGCACGUGGCUGCUUUUAUCGGCGUUAUGGUCGGUGUGAAAAUUAUGGGGAUUUUAUUGGGGUACAUCCUGGCUUGGGGCUGUCUUAGGAUUGAUGCAGUGACCUUGAGCCCCAUCGAGUCCUACAGGGAACAAAUUGGUGCUUGGUGGUUAGGGUUACCAAUUCUCACUGUACUACUUAUAGUUCCUGGUUUAUUACUUUCUUGGUUCCCACGUAUGCUACCAUCUCAGGUUGUUCUACGAGCCGCAGAAUCCUUAUUGAGUACCCUGGACAGAUACGCCCGAGCACCUCGUAGAUUAAUGAGCCAGAAAGUUGGUAGUCCUGAUUUUUGGCCUUCGCUGUGCAGACUAUUUACUAAUAAAUCGCUAGUUCUUCACGGUGUGGCUGCCAUCUUGUAUCUUACGGCUAUCUUGAACUUUAUGAGCUACGAGAAUUUAAUCGCCGAAUCGGUGUUUCAUGUACCAAAACCGACCGGAACGUUGCUCGGCUUUGACGAUCCGAUGUCAUCGAGAGUUGUGUCAAAUAUGUUAAAGCCUUUUCUAAUCGGCUUGAUCGUCAUCACUUCGGGUUUAGUAAUCGCAAAAGCAAGACCCACUGCUAAAAGUAUUGUAGGAUACAAUAUUUUCAUGCUAUUUUUGACUGCUGGGAUUAUAUUCACAUUGUCCUUCACGUCUUGCGAGAACAAGCCUAUUGUUGGUACCGACAAUAAAGGAUCACUCCUGCUGCUGCAAUACUGCAACAGAAAUUGCGGUUGCUCGAACGACGCUAAUUUCCGUCCAGUUUGCGACAGCAAAGGGAUGUUCACGUUUUAUAGCGCUUGCCAUGCUGGAUGCAACUCCUCUGAAUCCAAAAACGGCAUAACAAUUUACAGCAAUUGCGAAUGCGUGAAAGAAGUGCGUGAAAGAAACGGAAUGAGUCUGGAAAACUUGGAAGCGGUUGACGGAGCUUGUGGUUUGAAUGCUUGCCAAGCAAGUUGGCUGAGCUUCGAGUUUGGUACACUGCUGGCGUACAUGCUAGUAGCUUCAACCUUCGUCGGUGACUUCUUGAUACUUUUAAGACUAGUAAACGUUCAAGACAAAGCAAUCAGCAUAGGAUUCUGGAUGAUGUGGUCCGCGAUAGUUGUGCACGUUCCCGGGAAAAUUCUAUAUGAAGUAAUUGCCAAUUUGACGUGUCAGUACUGGGGAACUCAGAAGAUUUCCUGCCGCCUCCAUGACAAUUUCAGACUCGCCACUUAUCUGUACUACUUUACGGGGAUUCUUUUGAUUCUGAGCAUUUUGUUAAAAAUAAUAGGGAUAAUCAUCUCUGAGAAUCUGGAAUUGUACCUUCAUAGAGAAGAGGUAGGAACCGAUGGAGCCGAAAUGUCAGAACUGAUGAAAAAUAAUGCGGAUACGGAUAAAACGACGGAACCGAAUCCUGAGAAUGAUAGUAAAAUUACACACUUAAUCAAAACCUCUCUAAUCAUAAUUCACACUAUAUUUUCCCCAGACCAAACCAUAGUUCAAGUGGAACCAAGAAGCGAAGCAUCUCCCUCUUCACACGAAGACCCACAACCCACGGACACUGAAUCAUCACCCCUGAAAUACGGCCCACUAGGUCCCGGCGAUCGUCGAACGGAUUCAAAAUCCUCUCUCAACAAGCUACCCCAAAAUCGAAAAUCGGAAAUUCGACGUCUGGAUUCUGAGGAUGAGCUGAGCUCCAGCGACGAGGAUGUCAUGCAGGACUCCAGUCCGAAGGUAGCCUACAGACCGUUGGACAUCGACUCGGACGUGGAAAGUGACCUGGUGCAUGCACCAGCCAGGUCACGCAAGCGCAUUCCAAGCAAGGAUUACGACAGCUCUUCGUCAUCCAGACGGGAGUUUCCGAAUCCAGAUAAAUACGAAGAUCCAAGAUUAACAAGAAAACUGAUGAAAGGUGCUGAUGGUUCUUCGAAGACCAACAGCUUCGAGUUCUCUAGAAAGAGGCAGGAUGAUAAGUUGCAGACGAAAGGAGAUUUCAACGAGGUUGGGAUACCAAUUGUGGACCCGGUUCCGAGGUCUCCUCCGGACUCACGUUUCAUGAAGGACGUGAAGUCGUUGAUUAAUAAAUACGAGUUGAACGCGGAGCAACAGGGUAGUGAUCAGGGGUCGGUUAAGUCUGCUGGAAGCCAUCAUUCGGAAGGGAAAGUCAUUUCUGGCAUACCUUUGGUAGCCAUGACGAGAAGAGUAUCGCCACCCAGAUACCAGUCCUCUUCGGGGUUCAGCAGCAUCGACAAUCGACCGGAAUCGCGCGAGAGCACCAGCCCUAAAGCGUCCAGCAAAGGUAGCGUAGGUACACUGCACACGGAUUUUUAA